AUGGAGCCGUCCGCUGCCCCCCUGGACACCACUCCGGACCCCGCCAUCGUGCAGCCCCCAGGAGCCAACCCGCCGGGGGCCCCCCGGGAGCAGCAGCAGCAGGAGCAGCUGCGGAUCGGGGAGAGCGGGCAGUUCAGCGAGGGGCUGGAGGAUAGAGGUUUACUAGAAAGCAGUACAAGGCUAAAACCUCAUGAAGCUCAAAGCUACAGAAAGAAGGCAUUGUGGGUUUCCUGGGUCUCCAUUAUUGUCACACUGGCUCUUGCAGUGGCUGCUUUCACUGUCUCCGUAAUGAGGUACAGUGCAUCAUCCUUUGGAUUUGCUUUUGAUGCCACCCUGGAUGUUUUGUCGUCAGCGAUAGUUCUGUGGCGUUACAGCAACGCAGCCGCUGUGCACUCUGCACACAGGGAGUACAUGGCUUGUGUUAUCUUGGGUGUCAUAUUCCUCCUGUCAUCUAUAUGUAUUGUGAUCAAAGCCAUCCACGAUCUUGCGAAGAGGGUGCUUCCAGAAGUGGAUGAUUUUCUGUACAGUGUCUCUGUUCUAAGUGGAAUCCUUUGCACCGUCUUGGCAGUAAUCAAAUUUAUGCUGGGAAAGGUCCUUACAAGCAGAGCACUGAUAACUGAUGGUUUCAACUCUCUUGUAGGUGGAAUAAUGGGAUUUUCCAUCCUUCUUAGUGCAGAAGUGUUUAAACACAAUUCUUCUGUCUGGUACCUGGAUGGCAGUAUAGGAGUGUUAAUUGGACUUACAAUAUCUGCCUAUGGAAUCAAGCUGCUCAUCGAUAUGGUGCCCAGGGUGAGGCAAACGCGCCACUACGAGAUGUUCGAGUGA